UGUCUGUCGGCGCCUAUUCAUUGGUAGCUGUGAGUCCCGCCUUGAGUUCGAUGCCGGCGGAGAAGGAAGGUGGCAGCGGAGUGGGAACGCGCGCGGUUUUUUGUAUUUUGUGCUAGCAGCGAGGCCGGCGAUGGCGGCUGAAGUGGUGCUAGAUGAGGUGAAGGUCUUCGGGUUGGCCCCCCAAGAAGAUCAAGAGGCAGCUGUGUCCGAGAAACUGGUGGAACUCUGCAUAUUGCACCAGCUGAAAGAGAACGAACUGGCGGAUGAACUCGUUGCUUACGCAGCUAGGAAGCAAGUUUUUCUCCUGACAGUGGACUUCCUGAACAUCUUUGAACAUGAAGUAAGGAGGCUCUGCAAAGAGCUGGUGGCCAUGAGGCUUUGGACUCGCGCUACCCCUUCUCAGAAGUACAGCUCUCGGGGCAGCCGCGGAGAAGUCGUUACAUCCUUUGGCUCUGUACAAGGCCCUUCUUGGAGUGGAAAUGGGGGCUCAACCACCAGCGUGAAGUUCUUCGGUUCUGCAGAAGAUGCUCUCACUAAGCGGUACAAAUACAUGUUUCAAAAGCUCUUGGAUAACCGGGAAGUAUUUUCCUACAAGAUUGAGGAACUCGGUGAAGCACUGAAGGAACAUUACCAAAUAGAAGAGUUCUCCUCUGUGAUUGUCCCGACGCAGGAGCCAGUGACUGUUCUGGGCCAGAUUGGUUGUGAUUCCAAUGGAAAACUGAACGCCAAGUCGGUCAUCUUGGAAGGAGAUCAAGAACACUCUUCGGGAGGGCAAGUUCCUGUGGAUGUAUCAGAGCUUGCAGAAUACUCUCUUUUCCCAGGACAGGUUGUGGUUAUGGAAGGUACAAACAGUAGCGGUGGACAGCUGGUUGCAUCCAAACUGUACGAGGGGGUGCCACUUCCCUUCCAUAAGCCUACAGGUCCAAUUGAAGAAGCAGAGCAGCAGAUGGUCUUGGUAGCCUGUGGCCCUUACACCACUUCUGACAGCAUUUCCUAUGACCCUUUGGUGGAUCUUAUUGAAGUAAUCAAUAAGGACAGGCCGGAUGUUUGCAUUCUGCUGGGACCUUUUCUUGAUACAAAACACACCCAAGUUGAGAACUGUCAGCUCACGGCCUCGUUUGAAGAUUUCUUCAAGCUGUGCAUGAAGUCCCUAAUCGAGAACACAAGGAACACCGGCUCACGCCUUGUCAUCGUCCCUUCUCUGAGAGACGUGCACCACGACUACAUCUACCCACAGCCACCUUUCAGCUGUUAUGAGCUGUCGAAGGACGACAAGCAGGUAUUUCCCACUUUUGAAGGAGUCUUUGAUCCCCUUGAUGCUCCCUCUGGAGGCUAUCCAGUUGGAGUAGGGGAGGAGUGGGCCCUCUUCCUGAAAAGCUUCUGCCCCAAAAACUAUGUCAGUCUCUUUCAGCCCAGUCCAGAAGGUGUGGCUCUCCGGGACACCUGGACGCAGCACUCAGUCUGUGCUCCCAUGCUGCUGCCAGCCCCGUCGGUGGAGGUGUUCCUGGGGGUGGAGCUGACAUUAGUCAGCUUCCACCCCGAGUUUGCGUGGAAGUGUCUGGCGGCCCAGGCCUUGGACAGACAUGACCCAAAAGGUUCUUCCAGCGUCUUGGACCGGUUUUCCAGAAUUCUCAAGCACAUUCUGACUCAGCGGAGUUACUACCCGCUUUACCCUCCUGCAGAAGAGAUAAACAUUGAUUAUGAGAACUUCUAUCACUAUGCGAAGCUGCCUGUCUCACCGGACGUGUUGAUCACUCCGUCGGACUUGAGAUACUUCAUUAAGGACAUUCUCGGGUGCAUCUGUAUGAACCCCGGCCGGCUAACAAAAGGCCAGGUGGGGGGCACUUACGGCCGUUUGUACGUCCAGCAGCAGAUCCACAGAGAGGAGCGGAAGAGUCCAUGCGUUGCUGCUCAGGUUAUCAAAAUCUAGCCUGGGGACCCACUGCCGAGGAGGACAGACCAGCAGAAACCCUUUGGUACAAACUGGACCAAAACACACUUUGAGGCAAACAGUUGGAGGGGAGAGUCCCUGCCAGCAGGACUUAAAGAUGUCUCCUAGGAUCGCAGAUAUUUGGAAUCUUGCCCUCUGCCUUUGCAGCCACAACAGUGAAGCAUCCCAAAAAGUUGGACAGAAUCCACGUGCCGUCGCUGCUGCCAAUACCCUAUUGAUACACUCUGCUUAGAUUUUUAAAAAGUUUUGUCUUGCUUGUACCUUUUUCUUAUGGGACCCCCAACCCCACUGUAAAGAUUAUGAUGUCAGGAGCCUUGUGAGUGUGUUGAAUAAUGUUUCCUGUACUCCAAAGCAUCUAAGAAAACCGUUCUUUGA